AUGGUUGCCGAAAUUCUGCAGGCUCAAAGUAUAUUCAUCGAGCCCGAUCUUAAGACGAAGGCCUCCAUGAUCGUCCCAAAUGACAUCGCGCUCUCAGUCUCUUCGUCUCCAGACUGUUUUGUCUCCCUUCAUGAUGUCUCUGUCGAUUGUGAAGUUCACAAUGACCUUCGCACGAGAAUCUGCACUGGUAACUCGAGCAAUCAGGUCUUUAUUCUUCAAAACAUCAGCACAGUGUUUCAACCCGGCAGGCUCUGCCUUGUCUUGGGUCCCCCAAACUCGGGGAAAAGCACUUUGCUGAGGCUAGUUUCCAAGAGACUAGAUGACAACCUUCGGACAACAGGGCAGGUCUUAUACAAUGGCAAGGAGCUUUCAGAUGACUUUGCUAGGUCGAUGAUUGGUUAUGUUCCUCAAGACGAUAUCCACUAUCCUGUGCUGACCGUUGCUGAGACUCUAAGGUUUGCAGCCAAGAGCAUGUUGCACAACGAGAGCGAAGAGGAGGUGGAAGAAAGAUUGAACAAGGUGUUGACCCUGUUUGAUCUGGUGGGAUGCAAAGAUACGCGAGUCGGGAAUCAUGAAUCAAGAGGAAUCUCCGGGGGAGAAAAGAAGCGCCUCACAUGCGCGGAGCAAAUGAUUGUCGACCAUCCCGUUGUUUGCAUGGAUGAGAUCAGUACAGGGCUUGAUUCGGCUGUCACGCAGAAGAUCAUCAGCGGGCUGCGCGAUCUCUGCUAUGAUAAGAGAAUGACAGUGAUCGUAUCUCUGCUCCAGCCGAGCAUCGAAAUCUACAACAUGUUUGACGACUUGUUGCUUCUGAGUGCCACAGGAAGGCUGUUAUAUCAUGGUCCAACAAACCAGGCCGCAUCAUACUUCGAUACCCAGGGAUUUGCUUGUCCCGAAUACUUCGAAUUCUCCCAUUUCCUCGUCUCGCUCUGCACGCUGGAUGCGCGAGAGGUGCUGAAGAGGAACAGCAUCUUUGAGGGGUUGACUUCCUGCGACGAGCUGAGCCAGGCGUGGAGCUCGUCCGAGUACAUGUCCGAGGUCAUCAACCCCUUGUUUGAGGUUGUUGAGGUCAGGAAAACUAGCGAGGAGCACGACCUGGAGCACGAGAGAGGUAGUUACACUCGCCCCCUGGUGUCGCUGUGGAAGAUGUUCUGGUUGAAUCUUUACCGCCAUAGAGAUGUUCUCAUCAGGGACCCUGUGUUCGUCAAGCAAAGAUGCAUACAGAUGUCAUUCCAGGGGAUCAUGUUAGGGACAAUCUUCUGGAACGAGCAGCAGCACUACCUCAAGAUCUCCGUCCUCUUCAUAGCGAGCACCAUGGUGAUGAUGGGGAAUCUGGCAAUGGUGGAGAUUGUUGCGGCGAAGAAGAGGAUCUACUGCAUUCACCGGAACUGCAACCUGUUCUUCACGUCAAUCUACGGGGUUACCGAGGCUCUGACAGAGGUGCCGCUGCAUGCGGUUGAGGCCAUCGCCUUCUCCUUCACCUUCUACUUCUUCAUAGGGUUCUACCCGCAGUCUUUCCCUGUCUUCCUCCUCUGCAUCUUCGUCGCAAUCGUCAUGUACACGACAGCAUGGAAGUGCGUUGCUGCCGCGUUCCGCAACAGGUCGAUCGCCAUGACCGUCGUCCUCUCUAUCUGCACGCUGUCCUUCUGCUACUCUGGCUUCUUAAUCACCAAGGACUCCUUCCCCUCCUUUCUCGGUUGGAUUUACUGGAUCUUUCCCUUCCCUUUCGUUCUCCGCGCUCUGGCUAUCAACGAGUUCUCCUCCUCGGGGAAGAGCGGGCAGUACGACAUGAUCAUUAACGACCACAUACAUCCAGCAGCAAGGUGGGGAGAUAUCUUUCUGAUAGCGUCGGGCAUCCCAGUCGACAAGAUUUGGAUAGGAGCGUGCUUCAUCUACGUGGGGUCGCUCUUUGCUCUCUUCAUCUUCCUCUACACAGUCAGCCUUGAGAGACAGAGGUUCAGCAGGCGGGCAGGAAGCUCGUUGCAGACACUUCUCUCCCGGGAGAAGGGCUGCAUGCAGCUGGAAGCGCAGUUCUGCGAGGGGAACAGGAGCUUCGACAACGCGCUAAGUGUCCUGGGGCAUCCCCAGCUCCAGACUAUGGCAUGCUCUCUUGCUAUCAAAAACCUCGGAUUCACUCUACAGUCUCAACCCCCCCCAUCCUCCUCCUCCUCCUCCUCCUCCUCCAUGCUGCAAAGGUAUCCGGUUCUCCUUCGGGACAUCAAUGCCAUCUUUCGUCCUGGCACGGUGACGGCGCUGAUGGGGAGCUCGGGAGCAGGGAAGACAACGUUGCUUGACGUGCUGGCGGGCAGGAAGACAACUGGGAAGACGAGCGGGGACAUCCUUGUCAAUGGGCAUCCUCGCGAAAUGGCAUCCUUCUCCCGUCUGUGCGGGUACGUGGAGCAAGAGAACAUGCAGUUCCCUUACGCCACCGUGAGAGAGUCCCUGCUGUUCUCGGCGAGCCUGCGGCUAGACUCCUCCGUGUCGGAGGAGGAGAGGGAGAGGAUGGUGGAGGCAGUGAUCGACCUGAUCGAGCUCCGCCCCAUCCUCGAUGAAGUCAUCGACCUGGAGCAGACGUCUCUGACCAACGAGCAGAGGAAGCGACUCUCCAUCGCCGUGGAGAUGAUCGCCAACCCCUCCAUCCUCUUCCUCGACGAGCCCACGUCCGGGCUGGACUCCCGCUCUGUGAGGAGAGUGAUGAAUACCAUCAGGAGAAUUGCAUCCUGCGGCAAGACCGUCAUCUGCACCAUCCACCAGCCGUCCUCGGAGGUGUUCAGCAUGUUUGACGAGCUCCUCCUCCUCAAUCACGGCGGCGUCGCUUUCUACGGGGACCUGGGCCCCACCAAGGAGAGCACAAGGACCAAGAGGACGUACAGGAGCGCGGGGAACGUUGUCAGCUUCUUCGAGCAGCUCUCGGAGCGAGUGCCGAAGUUGGAGGCAGGACAGAACCCCGCGGACUACAUCCUGCAGGUGACCAGCUCGGGCUCGGAGACUGGGAGGUCGAUCGACUUCGUGGAGGAGUACAACAGGUCGGCGCUGAAGCAGGAGAAUCUCCGAAGGCUCGACGAGCUGCCACCCUCCGACAAGCUCGACCUCCAGCAGAGGAGUGCGAGCACUUUGCGGCAGCUGGCCGUGUGCUCGACGAGGUGGUUCAGGUACCACUGGAGGAACGUGACAUACAACCGGACGAGGAUCAUCAUCGCCAUCUUCGUCUCGCUGCUGUUCUCGCUCAACAUCAAGCAUCUCCUGCUCCCCAGGGUGGAGGACGAGGCUUCUCUUCAGACCUUCGAGGGCUGCCUCUUCGCCGGCUUCUUCUUCCUCUGUGCAGGACAGGUCAUCCUCUCGAUCGGGGUGUUCGGAGACACGAUGAUGGUCUUCUACAAGGAGCAGUCGGUCUCGAUGUAUUCACCUGCUGUGCACCUGAUCUCCGAGACGAUCGCCGAGGUCCCAUGGAUCAUCGCCAUCCUCAUUAUCCACAUGAUUGUCUUCUACCCUCUUGCCAACCUGUCGCCGCAGCCGCACGUGCUCGGCAACCACAUCCUGGCGAUGUUUCUCUCCCUCCUCAUGUUCACCAGCCUCGGGCAGAUGAUCUCCGUGCUGCUUCCCAGCACUAGGACUGCCUUCCUGGCCUCGGGCUUCUCCCUUGGUCUCCUCAACCUGUACUCCACCUUCUUUCUCCCGGUCUCGUUCUUCCCCUGGCCCUGGAGGAUCUUUGCCUAUAUCAUCCCUACUCAAUUUUGUCUGCGCGCAACGAUGCCGAACCAGUUGUUCUGCUCUGUCUCCUGUAUCCCCGACUUUGACCAGCCCAGCGUCUCCUGCCAGCACCACCAGGGCGAACCCUCUGCGGUCCACUCCUUGGAUGGUAUGGGUGGUGAGGGGCCUGGAUGUAGCAUCAUAGAAGACAGGUGA